AUGGCCAGAGUGCUUGAGCCUCUCAGUGUUGAGAGGGUGAUAGGAGAUGUUUUGGAUGCUUUUAACCCAACUGUGAAAAUGAGAGUUGUAUACAACUCGACCAAACAGGUUUGUAAUGGCUAUGAGUUCUUGCCAUCAAACAUCAUGGCCAAACCUCGAGUAGAGGUUGGUGGGGACGACAUGAGGUCCUUUUUCACUUUGCAAAAGGGGAGGAAAACGGUUGGUGCACCAGAGUGUAGAGACCGUUUUAACACAAGGAAAUUUGCGCAAGAUAACGGCCUAGGCCUACCUGUUGCUGCUGUUUACAUGAAUGCACAGAGAGAAACUGCGGGUCGACGGCGCUAG